GCCAACAACCACGCAUUAAGAACCGAACACGCAACACACACUCCUCUCGGGCUAUUGGUGUUCCAGACCGUUUCGAAGAUGGAGACUGCCGCCGCGGGAUCUCCCUCUCCCGGGAAUCCCGCUGGCGGGGGCAUCGGUGACAGGCCGAGCUACGGCGGUGACUCCGCGACGCCACCGGACACGGGGGGAGGAUCCACGGAGGUCCGCGCGGAGCUUCCGUUUCUGGUGACCCACUGGCUGGCAAACUACGACCGCGGCAACAACCGCAAAGAGGAACCGACUCCAGCCGAACGAGAGGCCGAGGCCCGGAUUCGCAGGGCCACCUCGGAACUCGCGGCUGCCUUUUCCAGCCUGGGGGCCUACGGGACGACCAUUGGGGUGAGUCCUGUGCUGUGCGGUGCGGUGUUUUUGGUGGUGUGCGGAUCGUCCUUUCCGUGGACUGGAUUCAAAUGCAUGCCGUCCAUCCCGUUCUGUCGAUAUUUUCUUUGGAUCGCUCUCACGCCCGUUCUUUUCUCUUUGUCGUGCGUCUUGCCACGUUUUGUUUCUUGCGCUCGGACGACGAAUUCCUUCCGGUCCAGUCGUCGCUAGAAUCCCCGUCGUCCUUUCUGACCCGUCCGGUGCUCCGAAACCGAACCUUCGGCGACGCGAACCGGAUGCACGCGGGCCUCUCACCGUCGCACCUGGAACACCUGGCGCAAUCGGUGGCCCUGCACACCGCCGCCGCGGACGCGGCUGCGGCGAAGGAUGCGCGCACCGAUCUCCUCCACAGGGCCAGGAGUCCCGGGGAGCCGGCCUUUGCCGGCCGCUCCGACCACACCGUCGGCGGCGGCAGUGCCGAUCCCCAGGGCCGAAUUCUGCAGGAAGCCAUUGGUACGGCGGAAGCGGGGUAUAGCGAUUGCAUCGAGCGGCAAGGGGAAGACCCCUGCCGAUCGAUCCUCCAGAGGCCCGCUCUGAUUGCUGCCGCGACGAAGAGUGCCGCCGGCGACGACGAAACGAACCCGGACCAAAGCUUGGUCCGGGCAGAACGCAGCUGGGACAAAGCGCCCACGAUCGACGUCCGGGCCGCGCACUGGGAGGUGGCCCACCAAACAGCCGAAGCGGUUCGGAGGUUUUUGGACCGGCGGGAAGAGCUCCGAUCGACCGCCCGCGAAAUCGAGUCGCUGGAGGCUUCCCUGGUGCUGCACCGGAAAAACACGGACGCAAUCCAACAGAAAAUAACCGAGGUGGGUGGGGACACGACGAUGACCGCCGCGGAGAAAAUCGGAACGAUCGGAACCUACAAGAGCUCGCAGCAAAGCUCGGACCGGGUGAUCAGCCAGCUGACGCGGAAGCUCUCGGACCUGCGCUCGAGCCACGAGAGCUUCGCGAUGGAGGUCGACCGCCUCGAAUCUGGUGUUAACGCUCUGGAACAAAGGCGCCAGACGCUGCUGCGGGCCUUUCGCGAUCCCUUUGCGCCGUGGAAGGGAUCCCUCGCCAAAGGCAGCCGCGUCGGUGGGUGUUUCGCGCUGCAGACCGUCCUCGGGCGGGAACAGGGAUGGUCGAGGGGCCGCUUGCCGCUCUCCGGAGCGAGGUCGAGCCUUCCCAGGGGCCCAAAUCCCUCCCACUUUUUGGAGUGCCGGAAGAACCUAUUGUCGACGCGGUUGUCCCACGCCGUCACCAUCAACGCACACAUGAACUGUCCCGUUUACUGCCUUCGUUUCGAUCGAACGGGCAGGUACUUUGUAACGGGUGCCGACGACUUUUUGCUGAAGGUCUUUUAUAUUGGAGCGGCCCAGUCCUGCCGGAAGCGGAGCAAGGGAAAGAACAAAAGCCGACGGUUGCGGUGCAAUUACGGAGCGAACUUCCGGGGAGCAGUGUUGGUGUGUACCCUGCGGGGCCAUGCAGGAGUGAUCAACGACAUUGCGGUCUCUAUGGACAAUUGUUUUUUGGCUACGGCAUCGGUGGAUGGUGACGUACGCGUCUGGGGCUUGAAGAAUGGUUCCCCCGUGGCGAUACUGAGGGGACACAAGGGAGGAGCCAACAUGGUCUCUUGGUCGGCCCUGACCCCCUACAGAUUGGUGUCUACGGGGUCGGACGGCUUUGCCAGGGCCUGGGAUAUCCGGGAAGCAUGCUUGAAGAGAUACGGCAGCAUUGUGAAUCAACGCGGAGAAUACAACCUCCGGCUGACCGAAGAAGAAACAAAGGCCCAGGACAAGAGCCGGAAAGGAAGGCACCAUCAAUCUUCCGAGAAAAGCAAGAGCGAUGAUCUCCUUCCACCGCUUCCCCCCAGAGGGGAAUCCUCACCGGCUUCCGCUCCUUCUCUUCCAAACGUCCCCACAAUAGCUCCAGACGGUACGGGCUCAGCUGUCUCGCGGGAAAUUCGGCCUCCGAUUGGAGCAGCCGCUGCCCCUUCGAGCUAUAGUGACAAUAACUACAACGACAACGACAUCGACAACGGAAUUAUAGUUCCUCCUCUGCCCGCCGCGGUACCACCGCUUGGUCAGGGCGCCGAUGGGAGAAAUCAAAAUCCCGGAGGGUUCAUCGAGGGUGCCGCCGACGGUGUAGGCCCUGGAGAUUUCGUGGCGAAUGACUUGAUCGAUGAGGGAGUCAAAUUGCUAUCGAAGUACCAGCACGGCACCAUCCAAGAAGAGCACGGGCCCGGCACGCGAUCACGGAGAUCGGCGGUGAAUGUGAUUUGUGUUUCGCGCUGUCCGCUUGGGAAGCACUUCGUGACCGGAUCCGACGACGGAAUCAUUCGCAUCUGGGAAGACGUUGACGACAGCUCUGUGGCAAUCGUUGACGCUCGAUUGAGUAGUGAUAGAAAUCUAGACAAGCUAUUGCGAAACACGAAUGAUUCGCAAAGAGGAGCGGACAAGCAGCCCCUGCUGAAGUUGAUGGGGCAUGUUAGUACAAUUACUGAUCUAGCAUAUUCCCAUGCCGGCGACAGAAUACUCAGUGCCAGCCAAAAGGAUGGUGUAGUUCGUGUCUGGAAUAUAGGAAUGGCAACUACCAAAAGAACUGGUCACGGUAUCGAGUUCAAAGACAAACGAGUGACUCAAAUCGUGAUUAAUCUUGUCCAUCCAUUCUCGAACAAAACUUCCCAACCAACUAGAAGGCGACGGCCUGGAAACGCCGCCAGAAAUGCGGGUUCAAAAGUUUGUUGCGAUGUUGCAGUUUGGACCCACGAUGAUUCCUGCGUUGUCACGUCUCAAUGUGUACUGGUAAAAGAAAACAAAACAGACAUUCAGCCAGGAUCCCACUUUAUAUGCAUGUGGGAUUCGGAGUCUGGAAAAUGUCUGAUCAGUAUAUCCGGCGCUCAUACUGCGCAAUGCCAAGUGCUUAUUCCACACCCCACUGACGCCUCGAUCAUAUGCACAGCUUCGACGGAUGGGUUUUUAAAAUUGUGGGACUGGAGCAAAGGAAAAUGCAUUUUCACCCACCACAAUAAAGUUGAAUUUGGUCCAACAGAUCCGAACAAUAGAAGCAAGAUUGGAGGUUAUUUGGAUGGAUCUUUUAAUCCAGAUGGUAGUGCCCUUGUUCUCACCGAUGACGAUGGUUUCAUUACUGUGCUGAGCUCUAUUUCAGAAAACGACAACCCUCCAAACACAGGUAUCGGUUUGGAAUGGAUGAGAGAACAAUAUUUCUCAAACGACUACUAUGAUCUUGCUUAUGACAGGUAAAUGGACUCUUUUCUCUUUCGUCUGAAAAAGUCUGUCAAGUGCCAUUUCCCCUCACGACGUCUUUCUUUUCCCUCUUCCUGGAUUUCUUAUGCGAAACUUCCUAAAUUCAAUAUUACUUUGAAUGCUAGAAAUGGGUAUUGUAUUGAAAAAGGUUCUGAACGGCCGCCUCACCUUGCACCAAAGGGCUCUCGAUGCGCUCACAACGGAGCUCCGAACUCAGAGGAAAUCAAUGAAACCUUUCAAAAGUUAUUAGGUCCAUCACCACUUCCUGAAAAGCCGUGUUCGUGGCAACGCGAACAGAUCAGGGCGAGGACCUACGCAGAGAAAUACAUUGUCUGUUCCUCUCAUCAGAAGCCAACCGUUCGGGUCAGUGUUCGUGAGUUUGAUCCCCAAUCAACAGUUAUUAUUAGGGGGAUUGAUCAUAGAGGUGCAGAUAACGCUAGAUUGCCUGUGUCAGCUGCAUCUGCGUUUGGAUCCUCAAGCCACCAAGGAGGUACAAGAAACCAGCCCUCUGCUUCUACUCGAACUAUGUCUGCAAACUAUCGAUACUUGGACUACGACGACUUGAUCAGACGAGAGGGCAAUCCCGAGGAGGCCGAACCUGAUUCGGACGACGAAGAAUUUCAACCUACAGCGGCUCGCACGCAUGUCAAUCGGAAUAACGUCGAAAUCGAGUCUGAAGACGAAGAUCUCGAUCUUGAUUUCGAUGACCUUAGCACAUACUCUGAAAGUAACAAUCGUCGCCGAAGCAGACAACGGAAUCAAUCGUCUUCAAGAACAACGGAAGAACGAAGAGUCCGGGCUCAAAGGCGCGCUCAACGAAGUGACACAGAUUUCGUAGAAAUAGGUUCUGAUGAUGAAUUGAUUGCGCAGUUUGUAAGCUCAAACAGAACGCCCUCGGGAUCGUACGUUAGGGAUUAUACAAUUAAUGGGCACUAUUGGCGAUUGAAAAGCCAUGCAGAUGCUGUACGAGUUCGACGCAAAUGGUUGGAAAGAGAAGAAAGCGACUCUACAUAUUUUGGAAGAAAUCCGUACACGCCACAAAUGGGUGACUCGAUUGUUUAUAUUCCUCGAGCACAUUUCGAGACGAUCAAGGAAUGUCCAAGUCUAUCACMGCCGUGGCAAAGCUGGCCAACAGGUGCUGCAUGGCCUGUUGUUCGAUGCUUCGUAAGAGGUGUACGGUACCGAUUUCCUUACGAAGACUAUUUUCGAAACAAACAGCAUGCCAAGUGUACCAGUAUUGUUGCAAUUUUAACACUUGAGGUCACAGGCAUUCCAGAAAUAUCAGACGAUAGAGAAUUUCCGUGGCCGAGACCAUCCUUCAUAGAGCCCACGCGACCGUCUAUAUUCGAACUUAGUGUUUUCGAAAGCUCAAGUUGCGAAUACAUAAUUCCGGAAACACUGUAUACUUCCCGGAUAAUGGCAUUGGAGAGCCAUAUUAGGUCACGAAGCAAUGGUGCGAGUGGUUUGGAAGUUGACCUCUACUAUGAACAAGAGCAAGGAGAUUCAGAUCUAAAAGCAUGGCCUGCCACCAUUGAGGAAAUUUUACCUGACGAAGGUCAUUCGGAUGUCCAUUUGCGGGGUAGUGGUUUUGGUGUGGUGCAAGUCUGCGAUGGGUCGGAGGAAAACAGAGACUUUGUCAGUCCAUGGGAGUUGAAUACCGAAGGAGUGAAUCUGACUAGACCUUGCAUAAGCGAGGUUGAAAAGGAAUCUGUUCUAAAAGCCUUGAAUUGCCUUCUUCGAAAGGAAGAAAUUGCCAACCACCUGAGCAUGCCUGUAGAUCAGGAACGAUAUUGUGACUAUGAUCUAAUGAUUGAAAUUCCAAUGGAUCUGAUGUUGAUAAAAAGAAGACUUGCCGCUAACUUCUAUGGAUCCAAACUUGCAGUUGCUUCCGAUUUGCGUCUCAUAAGAGACAACUGCAUUAAAUACAAUACGGAUGAAAAUUUAAUGUCGGACAUUUCUAUCAAAAUGUGCGAUGAGUUUGAGGAGAAGGUACUGAGUGAUGAGGAGCGCUCACAAAUGAUCUCAGAGGUAGAAGUUGACAAGAUUCAAAAAGAGCAAGCCGAAGGGCGACAAGUAUCAAGCUUACGCAUCCGGCUCAGUGCACGAACAGUUCAAGAGGCUACCCAAGCAGCUGGUUCAAGCGGCGGAAGAUAUACAUUGAGUGACAGAACAACUACACAAGGGCAAUCUUCUCUAGAAAGCUUGCCGGCUCCAGAAAAUGUUUCAACCCAAAGGCAACGAAGUCGGAGGGAAACAAAUGCUAGCGAUGUAGCUCGCGAAGUAAAUUCGCGAAGCCGAGGCAGGAACGAUGAAACAGACGUUCUUGGACAAAUGGCUGGGCUUCGUUCUGAAAGUCGUAGCGCUCCAAGAAUUGAUACAGCUGCAAGUAAUAUUGGAGGAAGAACGCGGAUGCAACGAAUGGAAAACAACUUGAGUCCAGAUAUUCGCAGAAGUCCACGCACACGCAGACAAGGUGUUACUGAAAAUGGUGGCCCAGGAGAUCGCAGGAGCCUUCGUAUAAGAAACGACGUGAGGCAAAAUAGUGAUCGCAGUGCACCAGUCUACAGGGAAGAAAGCGACGACGAGAGUGAUGAAGAGGCAAUCGUUCCCACCAGGACAUCUCGGCCCGAAGGCACUAGACGAAGCUCUAGAAACAUUGAGCUGCGCAAUUCAUCACAGAUUCGACAGAAUGGAGGGACGGACGAUACUUCGCAUUCGGUGCCUCCAAGCAGAGGUUCAACGAGGGCAGCGGCGCGUGCUUCCAGAAACGACAGCGGAACAAGGAGUUCCUAUUUUGAAAAACGAAUCGAGGAGGAGGAAUCCGAUCGAAAAGAAGAACAGGGAUACGAAAGUCAUCAAAAGCAAUCAGAUUCCGAGGCCGAUAGCAAAUACUCGAGUGCUGCCGAGGAAGAAAGCGUCUCUUCCGACGGUGACUUGUCAGUAGAAGAAGGUCUGUCUCCACCAGCUAAGCGCAGCCGAACCUGUAGCAGAUCGGUGAGGAACGCAAGCCCGGCUACACCAGAUCAAGAGGCGACCUCGAGGCAGUCCAGCAGAAAUGCCGGGAGGCAACGCACGAAGUACGAAGAAGUUGACUCGGAUGUAGACGAAUAUGCCGCCGAAAGCGACGAAGAAGAAGAGGAAACGGCUCCCGUUGCCCCGGUCAGAACCUCGGGCAGGCUUCGCCGCACGAUUUCGCCUCGCUGGACCGGGGACGAUUCUCAAUCCGACGACGACGAAGAAGAAAGCGACGAGGAGUCCUUACCAACGAAACGACGAAGUGCGAGCAAGAGAAAACGACAACCCCGGAAACAAUCUCCCACGACAAAGAAAGUGAGGGGUAGCGUGGAUGAGUUGCCGGAGCUGUCGAAGUGGCCCGACAUUGGCGUUGGUAACAUCACCCGGGUCACGAGGGCUAUACUGACCCGUGUUUUGGAAAACGACGAGCUCGACAUGUUCUCGAAACCAGUAGUUGAGGCCUAUCCAUCGAUUGCUAAGGAAUACCUCUCGCUCAUCAAGAGUCCUAUGGACCUGCGAACCAUCGAGGAAGAACGGCUGAACGUUUACGAUUCGAUCCAGAUGUUGCAAGACGAUCUUGUCCUCAUGUUUCGAAAUUGCUGUACUUUCAAUGGUCCUAACUCCGACUUUGGAAUGAUGGCGAGAAGGCAAUGGGAGGAUGUCGGCCAAAUCUUUGCCGAUGUCUGCAAGAAGGAAGGUGUUCUCCUACCCCGGCGCUGGAAGUAGUAAUAGCAGGAACGUUUUUGCAUUAUCGUGAUUCUUGGAGCGGAACAUUGUAAACA